AUGUUUGGUAACGUCUCCAAGCCGUUGUUUGGAUCUCAGCAACCUGCUGCGUUUGGCGCUACAACUCAAAGUGGGUUCUCGUUCGGCACCUCAACAACUCCUAAUGCCUUCGGUUUUGGUGCCAAAACCACUACAUCGUCAGCAUUUAGUCUGGGUCCAACUCCCGCAAAGACUUCAACAAACAUUUUUGGUGGAUUGGGGACCGCGACUUCGAACGCAUCGUCUUUUAGUUUUUCGGCUGCCACAAAACCAGGAUCACUGUUUGGUAACGCUCGUGGCUCUGCACCGACGACUACGAAGCCGGGUUCUCUUUUCUCAUUUUCAUCGACUCAAGGUAGUCAAGCUACCUCUGGGCUGCAGCCAGGAUCUGGGCUGUUGUCUCAGAGUACGACUGUACAACAGCAGCAACAACAACGAACGCAGCAGUCAGUUGAUGCUUUCUACGCAUCUCUGUCACAGCCCAUGCUAUUUGGUGACGAACGAGACAACAUAAUUGCCCGACUGAAUCAACUACAAGCCAUGCUUGGUACAGGAAUAGGCUAUUCAGCCCUUGGAACCGUGACUUAUACCCCAGACAAUCCGUUCUCGCGUUUUCGUGGCGUAGCCUACAACGUCAUGCCCACCAGUUCGGAGGCUGAUGGUCUCGUUUGUAUGGAAUUGACCAAGGCCUUCGCUGACGUUCUUCCGCUGAAACAGGGCAUUCAGGACUACAUAUUUAGGCUCCUUGGUGGUCGCGUCAACUAUCAGCUCACGAUUGAAGAAAUCAGACCAUCCGCUCGCUCUGAAAACAAUACUGAGGUUGUCAUCAAGGUUGUUGAACGCCUAGUGUCGGGUGCGACGCAUAUCGUGCCAGCCAGCGAUUUGGCAAACUUCUUGUGCGGUCCAACCAUUAAACCGCAGCUGGAGUCUCAGUUAUGUGUCUGUCGCUUGAUGCCGGAGCUGGCACCCUCCGCCUCGCAGAUCAACGCCUACCUCGAGAUCCCACCGGCAGGGUUUGAUAAACGUGUCUGGCAACAGGCCCGGGAAGACAAUCCGGCACCGAACCGUCUCAUUCCCGUCCCCGUGAUUGGAUUUGCUGAUCUGAAAAGACGCCGUGACGGGCAACUCCUCUUCGGUGACCAGCAGCGCAAGGCUAUCAAGCAUCUACUAUCUGCGGUCAGUGUACUACAAGCCCAACAGAUGUCUACCUCACAAAGGAUUGCUCAAAUCAAGCGCAAACAGAUUGAACUCAACCACCGCGUCCUGAAACUCUUGGCGAAACAGACAGUAGCGCGCCGUGCAGGAUUCGCCAUCAGCGCGGAGGAGGAGGCGCUGCGAUGUGCGCUGGAUCACAUCUGGUUGGAGAUCACUGCGCCACGGGGUCUACGCGCCCGCAUUCAGCAGCUGCUACCCAGCGUACGCACCAAGGCGACUGGUGGUGAGGUAUCGAAGAGGCAGAAUGCCACAGUGGCAGAUGUCCCCGAGGAUUCCGAGGGUUUUGCCGCCACUACGACCGCUUGGUGGCAGCAUCCAGAGAUCGUUGAUGAUUUGCGCGAGUACUUGAGCCAACGGACCACGGGCAUUAGAGAAAUGCGACGUCUUCUAGCAGAGUUAAACACUGUGGUGCGGAUUCUCACGGAGAAAGAGACGAAAACCUCCACCGUCCCCGGACUGACUAGUUACCCCGGCUUAGGGGUGAAGGUUGAGCCCACUUUAUAG